AUGGCCGCCGUCCUCCUCGUCCUCGGCGCCGUCGCCAUCAAAGAACGCGUCGAGAAGAAAAAAGCCGCCAAGAGGAUGGUGGAUGAUUUGCGGUAUCAGGAACUGCAGGCGGAGACGGAGAGGAGGUUGAGUUUGGGGAGGAUGGAGAGUGAGGGGACUGUUGAGGGUGAGAGGGGGGAGGGGGAUGGGGAGGGGGAGGAAGGGGAGGAAUUGCCGACUUAUGAGCAGGUUGUGAGGAGUACGUCUGGGAGGAGUGGGGAGGGGGGCGCUGAGGAACGGGGGAAGGGGAAGGAGUCGAGGAGGAGGAGUGUGAGGAAGUUGUUGAGGUUUGGGAGGCCGAAUGUUUUGGAUGAAGCCGACGACUGGACUUGCUUCCAUGGUCGAGCGUCCAAAACAAACCUCAUCAAUCAACAAACAACAGGCAGCGAGAAAUGUGUUACUGAGAAGAGGUCAUCCUCCUCCCGUCCCCCGUCUCGAGGCACCCUUCACGCCCAAACCCAAGUCCAGAAAACACGCCUCACACACACCAAACACAAGGAUACCCUCCCCAACAUCCCGCCCUCCAGCCACGCGCUCGAACCAGCACUAUCCUCCGGAUGUGCUGUCGACCUGUCGAUGGAUCCUGUCGGUCUGAACCUCGUACACACAUGCACAGCGCAUUCUCCGGUCCUGCACUUGAUCACAUGCAUGCGUGAUGAAGUACGUUUGCUCCUUCUCCGAUGGAUGGAUGGAUGGAUGGAGGGAUGA